CAUUUUGUAACUGGGCGCCAUGCCACCCAACAGACAUGAAAACGAGGUCAUUUCUAAUGGUGAUCACUACCCAGCGGCAGAUGCAGUACCCCCUCCACCUACAGACAAGAAACUUUUUACACCUGGGCCAAUGGGAGUUAGUCUCACCACCAAACAGGCCAUGCUUCGUGACGUCGGGUCACGUGAUGUAGAGUUUGUAAACAUAGUCCGCUUCAUUCGGCAGAGACUGUUACAAGUCGCAGGUAAGAUGAUAGAUCUACCAGCUUGUUACUUUGUGGAUGCUAUGAGUAGUUUUGGAGCAGUGCCUCUGGACCUGAUUGGAGGAUGCGUGGACUUCAUGGUCAGUUCUGCCAACAAGUGCAUAGAGGGAGUUCCCGGGUUUGCCUACACCAUCUGUAGGACUGACAGGCUGCUCAGCUAUAAAGGUGUGGCCCGCAGCCUUACUUUAGACUUGGUGGAGCAGUAUCUUGGCCUGGAGAAGGAUGGACAAUUCCGCUUCACACCUCCGACUCACGUCAUUCUGGCAUUCUGUCAGGCGCUGUGUGAGUUGGAGCAGGAAGGAGGGGUGCAGGGCAGGGCAAAACGUUAUCAGGCAAACCACAAGGUGCUUCAACAUGGGAUGGCUGCACUAGGCUUCAAGGAACUGUUGGAUGAGACCCAUGACGGUUACAUAGUCACGUCGUACCGUUUCCCCGACCAUCCGGCCUUCAGCUUCGAGGACUUUUACUCACGUCUCAAUGAAAAAGGUCAGGCGAUCCACCCAAAAAAGGGUACAAAGGCAGACAGCUUCCGUGUGGCCACCAUUGGUCAUCUGUUCCCGGAGGACAUGCAGCAUCUUCUGCACUGUAUACAGGAGGUGUGUGCCGACAUGGGUAUCCCUCUGCCUAUGAAACAGUUUCCAAAGAAAUCUCCAGGAAAGCAGCUGUUAAACUUAUUCUAG